AGCCAGAAACCAACUCCUAGCCGGUCCCCCGCUCCUCCCCACCUGGCCCUUCCCCGGAGCCCCUCCCUGGCCACCCAGCUAGGAUCCACCCUGGGCAGGGACAUUAGAUCCUUUCACAAUGCCUGUGGUUUGUGGCCCUACUCCCUUGCUCUGCCUUCUCCUCCUGCUCCUGGCCCCCGACAGCCCUGACGGGGGCCGUCUUCCUCAGCGAAGAUUUGAGUACAAGCUCAGCUUCAAAGGACCAAGGCUGGCAUUGCCUGGGGCUGGAAUGCCCUUCUGGAGCCAUCAUGGAGACGCCAUCCUGGGCCUGGAGGAAGUGCGGUUGGCCCCAUCCAUGCCGAACCGAAGUGGCGCCGUGUGGAGCAGGGCCCCUGUCCUCUUCUCUGGCUGGGAGGUGGAGAUGAAGAUGAGGGUGACUGGUCUGGGGCGCCGGGGAGCCCAGGGCGUGGCUGUGUGGUACACCCAGGGCAGGGGUGAAGUCGGCUCUGUCCUGGGGGGUCUGGCCUCGGGGGACGGCGUUGGGAUCCUCUUUGACUCCUCAGCCCAAGAUGCCCAGAGCAGCCCUGCCAUCCGUGUGCUGGCCAGUGACGGGCACACCCACUCCGAGCUGCUUCGGGAGGGAGCCAGUCGGGUGCUGGGCUCUUGCUACCGGGACUUCCGGAACCGGCCCUAUCCCUUCAGAGUGCGGAUCACCUACUGGGGACAGAGGCUGCACGUGUCCUUGAACAGCGGCCUCACGCCCAACGACCCAGAUGAGGUGUGCGUCGAGGUGGGGCCCCUGCUUUUGGCCCCUGGAGGUUUCUUUGGGGUCACAGCAGCCACCAGCACGCUGGCAGAUGACCAUGAUGUCCUGUCCUUCCUGACAUACAGUCUGAGGGAGCCGGGUCCAGAGGCUGCCCCACAGCCCUUCCUGGAGAAGGAGCAGCUCCGCCUGGCGAGCCAGCUGGAAGGAAUGCGGGCAAAGCUGGGUCUGGGCACCCAGGAGGACAUGAUUCCAAAGCUGAGCUCCAAAGACCAGGAAGAGGGGGAAAGGAUCCCUGAUCUGGAGGAGACACUGGGCAGACACAGCCAGAUCCUGCAGGCGCUCCAAGGUCUCUCCGAGCAGCUGGCCCAGGCUGAGAGGCAAUGGAAGAAGCAGCUGGGGUCCCCAGGCAAGGCUGGGCCUGAGGGUACCUGGGACUCUGCCAAGGUGAGCAGCCUGCUCUGUGCACAGCAGACUCUGCUCCAGGACCUGAAAGAGAUGAGGGAUACGGCUGCUCACAUGGCCUCAAGAGCCCACGUCCUCUACCUGCCUGUGGGCAUCGAGCACCAUUUCUCAGAGCUGGCCCAGAUCCUGAGCCUCCUGCAGAAGGACCUGCGAGGCCUGGGGAAAGUGGCAGCCAAGGACACCCGCCCACCUGGCCAGCCCCCAGGGGCCUUCUCAUGUCUGCAGCCCUACAUCUUCCUGGUCUUCCUUUUCAUCCAGACUGUGGGCUUCUUCUGCUAUAUGCACUUCAGCAAGCAAGAGCUGGACAAGAGCCUUCAGGACUAUUUGCGCACAGGCAGCCUUCCCCUGAGCCCUGCGCCAUGCACCCCUAGGGCCCUGCGGGGUCUGAGGAGGCAGCCCCUCUCCCCUAGCAUGCAUGCAUGACCUACCUCGAAGCCCUGAAGGAGUGUCUACUUUUCGUCAUUGGGAAGUGGAUGGUGUCUGGGGGGUGGAGGGCUAGGCCAGUAUCCUCUCCCUCUGGGUGCC